ACUUCACAGGGGCGGACUGAUCAUUUGGAAACUCGGGCACUGCCCGAGGGCCCGGGGUCAGUAAAGGGCCCCAUGAGAUGCCCCUGGUACCUUUUUCAUAGGCUUUUUUGAGUUUGGGCACGGACACAGGGGCCCCAUGAUCCCUUAUUGCCCGGGGCCCCAUGAGUUGUCAGUCCGCCCCUGACACUUCAUUUAUAUUUUUUAGUAUAAGUCUUUAGUCUGCCCCUGUUGGGAGACUAAAACAUUUGCCA